AUGGCUCAUGGCGACCUCGUGAUGCUGUUGCUGGCGCGGUUUAGCCGGAUAGAAGCAGCCAUCAGUGGUGUGCACACGAAUAGCACUGUCACUGCCGACCGGUGUCCUGUUUCUCCACUGCUCGCUCCCACCUACACGCCGCUGGCGGUGCGCACACUAAAGUUUCUCGCGCUCGCCGGCUUGAUGCUGCUAUUACUGGCUCUAUAUGAGAACGCCGAGUACAUCUUCUGCUAUGACGAGGAGAAAGAGGAAAUGAGAGUGAAAUUGCAGACAAACCAUCGCUGGACAAAUCAAAGAAGUUUCGGGUCGAUCGGCGAGUGUAACAUGUCGGGUGCCGACGACGACGACGACGACGAGGAGCGUCAGACGCUGUUAGCCGACGCCAGCGACGCAGAGAUGGCUGCCUCGCCCCGCGGCCGUGACGCUGACGCUGACGCUGAACUGGGGCCGUAGCUAGCGGCAGGCUAGCGUCGCGUAAUGACGUUGAUCGGAUGAGCGCGCGGCCGCGAUGGAGAGAGAAUCUUAUCAGAGCGCGCGCGUGCCGAUGUAUGUGUGCGUGCGGGUGUAUGUGUGCGUGUGGGUACACGUAUGU